AAAUGUGAAUCAUCAGAGGGUCGUCCAACCCCCAUCAUUACUUGGUAUAUGGACAAAGAUACACCUUCGGAUUACAACGACGACGCAAACGUCACUGAACAAAGCAUUAGUAUUGUAGCAGGAGGCCGGACGACAAGCACUCUGACAAUUACUCCUUUACAGGAACAUCACGGGGCAAGCAUAUACUGCAAGGUCUCAAAUGGGUACGGGUUGAUCAUAUCAGACAGGAAAUCCCGUAUUGACGUGUUGGUUCCAGUUGUAAUACGACCAAUUGAGAAUGCAACGGUGUUACAAAACAAGGCCUUGUCAGUCACGUGUCUCUACACUAAAGGAAACCCACCUAAGACGAGUGUCACAUGGAUACAAGUAAAUACAUCUCGUGUUGUCGGAGUUGAGCAAACGCUAACGAUUCCAAAUAUGCAAAUCACUGAUGAAGGAUAUUAUAAGUGCAGAGUAAACAACACAAUGGAACCUACAGGUUGCUGUGCACAGACGGCAUACGAUGAAACAAUGUUUUACGCUGAUGUACAAUAUCCUGCCAGUAUACAGAGAUUUUUCGUCGAUGGAUUUGAAAAUGCAAGGAGUGUUACUAUAAACCAAAGUCAGAGUGUGGUAUUAUCCUGCGAAACUUAUAGUGACCCUGUGGCUCACAUGUUUCUUAUAAAUAAUACUCGAAAUCAACGCGAUAUACUAGCUGAAACACACAAUAACACAAUAUCUGCUUUUCUUGAAAAUGCGCGAUGCGAAUUUGACAAGGGGAUAUACCAAUGCCAUUGGUACAAUAUUCACAACGCCGUCCAGCAGGCUCGAGAAAUAGAGAUCAUCAUCCGAUGUGCACCGCGAGCUUCUCCAUUCAUGCCUCCGGUACCUAAAGUUUGGACGAAAACUAACAGUAGUGUAAUUCUUACGUAUACUAUUGUGGCUUACCCUCCUCCAAGAGCUUCAUCGGCAUUUAUUUGGCGGAAGCAAGUAAAUAAUGAAUGGUUUAUUGUCAAUGAUAAUACAAGAAUUAAUACUCAAAUUUCCCAAGACAGACUGCAGACAAACCUUUCCAUAGUGCAAGUACAGAUAGACGAUUUUGCAACCUAUACGGUCAAUGUGGACAACGACAUUGGCUCCACAGAGCAGACAUUUGUUAUUCAAGCAAAUGAAGAGCCAGCAUUUCCAGAACAUUUCGGUAUACCAGAAAAUACGAUAACAGACAGCUCUGUCAUUGUUGAAUGGACACCGGGAUUUAACGGUGGGGAUGAUCAAUGGUUCGUUAUUGGAUAUAAACAAUACACGGGUGAAAAAUGGACUUACAAAACUAUAUUAGAACAUAUUGAACGAAUAUCGAUUGAAGAAUUGGUUGCUGGAACCUCUUAUCAAUUCAAAAUGUAUGCAGAAAAUUCAAUUGGAAAAUCAGCGGAUACAAAUGUUUUAACAGUGACUACACGAGCCAAAUCUGAUCGUGGAUCCUCUCCAUCGAUUGGGGCUGCAGUGGGAGGAGCUGUUGGUGGAACUGUCGUGAUAGUCAUAGUGUUUGGGAUGUUUAUAUUAUGGAAGAAAUCUAAACGUAAUGAAGCCGGCGGUUCCCAGUACGAUGACUUAUUCAAUGGACAAGUCAACGUCUCUGCUGUCAGUACCAGUUCCGAGUAUGAAGCCUACAAAGUCGAUUCCCAGAACAGAAGCCAGUACGAAACACUCGCUGAAACUUCUUUUCAUGAAUAUUCGGUCUCAACACCUGGCGGCACACAACAGCAUACUGUCAUGAACCGUGCAUCUGCUGUUGCAGACAAUAAUUGUGCAAAGGAAGAAAACAGCUGUGUGAAUUUAGUGUUAUCGAAUACUGAGACGUAGUAACAUAUUGUUCUUGGAUUUGAAUUAUAAUGAAAAAGUAGUUAUCAUCUUAUUUAACUACUUACCGAAUGAAGUAUAUUAAAAUAGGCUAUGUCGUGUUAUGUAUCUAUGAGAGGUAUGUAUACUGAGCAUGAGCUUGUUGUAAUUGGUAUAAGAAUGUAUGUAAUGGGUAAUCACAGGUACUGUUUAUAUUUCAACAUAUAGAAAUUAUUUUUGAAUGACGUUUCUAAUAUCUUGAGUAUGGUAUCACAAUUCGGCUUUUCCUACAAAUGCAUUUGAAUUUAAUUAUCACGUUAGUUACAUGAAAGCACACAAUUGUAUCACAGAUUCUUAUCAUUUUGUAAGCUUUUGUGAUACGACUUUAUGGUUUGUUGCAUGUUCGUAAAUUUGUUAAAAAAGAUAAGAGUUUCAAUCACUGUGAAUAUGUUGCGUCUUUUGCAUUUAAAUACUUAAAAUAUUUUGUCUAACAUGCAUCUUACAAACAAUAUUUGGGCUAAUGCAAAAUGGGAGACAAAUAAUACAAUUGAUUAGUGGUUGACACAGUUGCUUUUCAUUGUUUUAAAAGUUGCUAUUACAGUAGGAGAUACUGAAAGUUUUGCUAUUUACUAUUAAAUUUAGAACCUUAAUAUAGGGGCUACUGUUACAUUUCAUAAUGUAUUGAAUGUUAUCGUUUGAUAAAAUAUAAGGUUAUUGUCAUAUUUUAAAUGUCUUAAUAAAAUUAAAUAAAUAAAGAUUUUGUGUAUUUCAGAACAUGCUAUAUUUAUAACUUAUUUAUGUGCCUACAAAACUAGCUUAUACAUCAUCGAC